UCCUCCGCCAAGGCUCGCUGUACUCUUGUUGAGCUGUCUCUUUGUGGUACGGUUCCCCAUUCGGGCAAUUUGUUUUGCUGGAUGGGAUGCUGGGAAUGCGAUCUCCACCCAGGCGACAGAGGGGACACAAGGAACAUAACUACGCGGACUGGACCCUGAACCAAUGCCCGGGCCGCCGCUGCGCUAUCACCACCCCCUGGACCGACAUACAGCGCUGGCGCAAUUGCAACUGCAGGCUCAUCCGAAUCAUCUUCGUAGCUACUGGUGGUGCCGGCGGUGUUUAUCGAGCAGAGGUGUAGGGCUCGGAACAGCCACGGGCGCAAUGGCCCUAUGAGACGAUGUUGUCGGCCCUCAGACGCAGCAGCUGUGCACCCGUUCUUCGGCUACUCCUAGGAGGUAGAGAUGACGAGCCGAAGCAAAGCGCGCGCAGGAACUAUCGCUGCUCCUUUUUCCCGCUGUGCCGAGCUAGUGUGCCAGGCGCCUUAGACGCUGGCGGAAAACCGCAGCCAGAUGGGCUUGUCUGGGGGAGGGGGGAGGAGUACGUAGGCUCGGUGGCCUUUUUUUUCGCAGCAGGCGGGCUGGCGGUGAGCAAAAACAAGUGCGAGACGGAGGACGAAGUGUUCGAUGCACGGAUGGGCGCGCAGGAAAUUUUUGCUGGGCAGCACGUCACGGGUGCGUUGAGGGCGUGGGAUGGACGCGGCGGGUUUUAUGAGUGUUCGACGCUUCCGCCGAGGGGUUGGCAAUAAGUUUGACGCUGCCCGCGGCGUGCAUGGGGUGUGCCUCCGG